UGGAACACCGGGGACACAUAUUCAUGUAUAAAAGACGUACAAAAGUGCAUUUUGCAUGAUAGGUCCCCUUUAAGGUCCCCUUUUUACUCAUAAAAAUCUAUGGUCUAAGAAUGAAAGGUUCUGUUUGUUGUAGAGUUUGUGAUUUUAGAUGAUGGGAUAUACGAAUAAAAAAGACUUGACAUGACUAGAAACACUGAAGACUACAUUCAUCAAAACAUGUCAUUUCUCUUGUACAUAUAAAGACAGUACUGCAUUUAAAACUAAUUAAAAAACAUCACUCAAAGACAAAGUUUGCUCAACCUUUUUCAUUUAGUCUCAAUGGAUAAAACAGCCUGUAAAAUAACACGUACACACCCAGUCUGUAUUGGGCGUGGUUUGCUGCAUGUAGCUAAAAGGAAUUGUUUCAAACAGUCUCUUAACUCUCUGUCCUUACCUCUCUGUAAACCAGCACAUCUGCUCUCUACAAUCCAAUAAUGGAAGGCUUUAUUACCAAAGACGUGUUCCUGCGACUUUGGCUGCUUGGGAGUGCGGUCGUCUUUCAACCAGGAGGUUGUGGGUUAGAGCCCAGCCCGUACAGUCAACAUGUCGACGAUUCCUCUGUCUGUUCGUCUCAACCUUCUACAAACUGCCACAACACAUUCUCGGGCCACAAUGAUAAGGCUGUCCGGAUUGUGAUCAUUGGGAAAACUGGAGCUGGGAAGAGCGCCACAGGAAACACCAUUUUGGGAAAACAGUACUUUAAAUCAGAGAUUUCUCCUAAAUCUCUGACUAAAGACUGUGCUAAGGCCUUUGGGGAAGUGGAUGGACAAAAGGUUGCUGUCAUUGACACUCCAGGUCUGUUUGACACCAGAACUGAAGAAAAGAAGAUCAGAAAAUAUAUUGUUCAGAGCAUUGUUUUUGCUUCUCCUGGACCCCAUGUCUUCCUGGUCGUCAUCAAACUGGGCAGAUUCACAGAGGAAGAAAAGCAGUCAGUUCAGAAGAUUCAGCAAAUCUUUGGAAAAGAUGCAGACAGAUACAGCAUGGUUCUCUUUACCCACGGUGAUGUGCUCAAAGCUAAACCUAUCGAAGAGUUCUUGAAGGAAAGUGAAGAUCUGCAGGAACUUGUGAACAGAUGUAACGGGCAGUACCACGUCUUCAAUAAUAAGGAGAAGGAUCGUUCUCAGGUCAGAGAGCUGCUCGACAAGAUCAGAAAUAUAGCAGAGAAGAACGGAGGAAGCCAUUACACCAAUGAAAUGUUCCAGGAGGCAGAGAGGGAGCUAGAAGAGGAGAAACAGAGAAUCCGUAAAGAGAGAGAGGAGGAAAUACACUUAGAGUGGGAGAAAAUGGAGAAGAAAAUAUUUGCGAAGUAUGAGCAACAAACUAUCUUUGAAAUGAAAAUGGUAAUUGAAACUCUUAAAAGAGACAUGGAGCAGGAAAGGAAGGCCAGGCAGGAAGCUGAGAAGAGCUCUUUCAUAAUGAGGUUUAUAAAUGGCGUAAUUAAAGCAUUUAAAUCCUUUUUUAAAUAACAGCCGGUUUGCGUGAGACAGUCAGGCUUGAUGCUGGACGGCAGCAGAUUUAGCAAACCUUUGACUGUCUGACUCCUUGUUAAUCUUCACCGUCCCCCUUUUUGAAUUUCGUUGUGUGAUUUAUAGUUUUCUCAGUUAUAUCAGGGGUGAGCUGUGACCAAGUCCUAAACAGUGUCACAGAAUGUCAAGAACAAAGAUGUUAAUAUGGUAAAGUGGUGUUAUUAAUCUGAUAUGAACUGAACAAUGUUUUUCGGAUGUUGUGUUUUCUUUGUUUGAUUGCUUUUGCUUUUACUAGAUAGUAAAAAGAAGAAAUAAGGUAGUAAGGUUGCUAGAUAGUAAAAAUAAGGUAUUAAGGUUUUGUACUUUAACUUCCUGCUCCCCCUAAGUUAUGCAGAUCUCUCUGAAAUGUAGUAAAGCCGUAAGACAGGUGGAAAGCUGGAUAGUGAAAGUUGUGUGUCUGCGUUCACCGGCUUGAACAGAUAGUACUUCUGGAACGCUCUCCCUGCGGAGAUCCGCAACAUCCCCACGCUUGACGCCUUCAAAAGGGCCCUCAAGAACCAUCUGUUUACUAAGGCCUUUGGCCCCUAAUCUAUUUGUUGUUUUGUCUGUCUGACUGGUUGUCUGACUGCCUUUUGUUUUGUUUGUUUGUUUUGCCCUG